AGUAAAUUACAGAGGCAACAUCUGAUCGAAGAAAGAUUGUAUCAUCACUUUGCUUGUGGACUGGAAAAUAAGGAACCAAUAUUUAUGCUAAGAAAAAAUCCAAAAAUAGUACAUCUUUUAUAAAUUGCACACACAUUGCUGAGAUACGCCGGGAUACCAGAAAUAUGGAUCGCAUCAAGAUUGGCGAACAGCUGUUCUUCCAGCGGAGUGACGGUCGCAUCCAUCCGGUGGUGUGCACGGGCAAGAAUCCCGAGCUUGAUUUGAUAACCGGCGAGUGGACCGAGGGCACGGUAGUCAAGGGCAAAGAGGUGCCCAUUUCCCUGUUGAUCGGGAUUAAUCGUCAUAUUUUUGCUGAAAAUCAAUCGCAGGCAACGGGCUAUGCACCACAACCACCUCUCCUGGCGACGGCCUCUAUGAUUCCAAAGCUCAGGGAAUCGAGUCCCAACCGAGGACCUCUUGAGUCACACAGAAAAUCGAUAGCGGGAAAUCCAUAUGCAGAGCGCAUGAGAGCUAUGGACUUACGCAGUAAAGUUACUGCUACUAAAACGGAAAUCCUGGGAAAUAGUGAUCAGGCGGGAAAAAACACCUCUCGCUUGGCCUUCUGUAAGCCCCGUAAUACCAGUCCCAUCCAGAACCGCAGAUCCCAGGGAGCCAAUAAUAAUACGACCACUAAUCCCAAUCAACGCUGUUCGAGUGUCGUGAGGGAGGUGAAUCGCAUGAAGGACGAAAGGGAGAAGCGCCGGGCUCGCCAGGUGGAGCAGCUGCAGGAAAAGCAUGCACUGCGUGGCAAGGAUCCGGGGAAUCCCAACUGGGAGGUGUCCUUGAUGCUACGUCAGUAUAGGGCCACCCUGAACUUCACCCCUCUUCGCUGUGUGAAUCCCAAUGGAGCGCCGACCCAGCAAAUCACCGUUUGUGUGCGGAAGCGACCCAUGAGUCGAAAGGAGGAGAGCGCCAAGAACAUGGACAUCAUCACGGUGCCCAGUGGCGAUUCCCUGAUUGUCCACGAGCUGCGCUUCAAGGUGGACCUCACCAAGUUCCUGGAGCACCACAAGUUCCGCUUCGACUACACCUUCGACGAACAGUGCUCCAAUUCGCUGGUCUACGAUCAUACAGCGCGUCCCUUGAUACGGACCAUGUUUGAGGGAGGCAAUGCCACCUGUUUUGCGUAUGGCCAAACGGGCAGUGGAAAAACUCACACCAUGGGCGGUGAGUUCUUCGGAAAGAUUCAGGAUUGCGGCACUGGGAUCUACGCCUUGGCGGCCCGCGACAUUUUCGCGGAGGUUUCUCGACCGGAGUAUCAGAAAAUUGGAGCCACGGUCAAGUGCAGCUUCUUUGAGAUUUACGGCAGCAAGGUGUUCGAUCUCCUUGUGUCCAAUAAACCCAUGCUGCGCGUCCUGGAAGAUGGCAAACAGCAGGUGGUGGUUGUGGGCCUGACGGAGAUUCCGGUUUCCAAGGUGGAGGAAGUCCUGCGACUGAUUGAACUCGGCAGCAAGGAGCGCACCUCGGGUCAGACUUCAGCGAAUGCCAAGUCAUCGCGUUCGCAUGCCGUCUUCCAGAUUGCCCUCCAUAUGCCGAAUUCGUGGGGCGCCUACGGCAAGUGCUCCUUUGUCGAUUUGGCGGGCAAUGAACGAGGGGCGGAUACGCAAUCUGCCGAUCGGCAGACCCGCAUCGAGGGAGCCGAGAUCAAUAAAUCGCUGCUGGCCCUGAAGGAGUGCAUUCGGGCUUUAAGCCGCCAGUCGAGUCAUCUACCCUUCCGUGGCUCCAAGUUGACCCAGGUCCUGCGCGACUCCUUCAUGGGCGGCCAGAAGAACAAGCUCUGCAUGAUUGCCAUGAUAUCGCCGUCCAUGAACUGUGUAGAGCACACCCUGAAUACCCUACGCUAUGCCGAUAGGGUUAAGGAGCUGAUAGCCAAGGAGGCGGAGGCCCUGCAAAACACAACUGGGGAUGGGGAUGAGAAAUCCCAUUCCGAUCUCAACGACGAGUCCGAGCCAGAAAUGCUGGCCGAAGAGGAGCAGGAGGAGGAGCAGUACGAGUACGAGGACAAUCAGCACAUUACCAUAUCCUCCGAGGAAAACAGCUCAUAUACCCAGCACAAUGCCAGUUCGGAUACGAACUUCAAUCACACCGUUAACAUGCCUCAUUCUUCAAAGCCUGUGGAACUCAAGGAGGUGGCCGAACAACACAUGAACUUGAUGCACUACCUGGAGAACUUUGUGCGCAAUUUCCGGGGCAUUGAAACGGAAGAAGAGUUCGCCAGAUAUUUGAGAAUCUCAGAUAAUGUGUUCGAGGAACUGCUCACAGUGGUCAACGAAACCAGGGACUUGGUGCUCAAUUUCAAGACUCAGCAAUUGAUCAAAGACAUGAUGCAGAAGAAUAACGGGAAGCUGGAGGGGAGAAAGAAGGAGGAGCAGGAGGACUAGACUAGUUGUACUCCCCCUACUAUAUAUGAAUUUAUUUUGUACCACCCUCUGUAUCUUUUCAAUUGAGUUGUGCGAUACCCGCGAACGGCUCAAAUUUCGAUUCGAUAAACAAGCAGUUAAUGAAAAUUCAA